AUGGGUCGUGAGCGCACUGACAAGGGCAAGGGCAAGGUUGUUGAGAAGGCUAAGAGGACUCCAACUGAGAAGGAGUGGGAGAGAGCAAAUGCAGCAGUGGAUGCCUACAAUAGGCAGCAGCAGGGGCAGGGGUUUGAGAUCAGAGACACCACUACACAUAAGCUGAAGGUCAGUUUGAGCGUUCACAAGACGCUCAACUGGAGGUAUAUGGGGAUAGCCGCAGGGGGAGCAGAUGUGAGGUGCCACUUUGACUCGAUUCCAGGCCUUACAGAUUUGCUGACAGAUGUAGACCAUUAUGUUGAGGAUUGGUGGUUUGAUAUUGUGGACUUCAUUCUGUGUGAGAUCGAGGAUGUGAUCACCGAUGGGAUGACGAUGGAGUUCUUGCCGCCUCUCCCACAUCGUCACGAUCAAGAGGCAGGCAAGUCUACUCAGGGUGCACAACCUUCAGUGUCUCUUCCUUCAGCACCUGAGACGACCCCCCCAGUGCCACCUCCUGCUGCACAGUCUUCAGAAUUUUCUCAGUUCCUGCAGCAGAUGAUGGUGCAGCAGCAGCAGAUGAUCCUUCAGCAGCAGGCAGCCCAGGAGGAGAAGCAGUUGAAGUAUCAGGCUGAUUUCGUUCACCAGCAGGAGCAGCAGGCACUGAUUAUCCAGUCUGUCCAGCAGCAGCAGCAGCAGCUAGGGCAGCAGUUGCCAGCACUAGCUCCAGCACCAGCUCCAGUCCCCAGUCCCCUCCCUGGCGGCAGCACUAGUCUGCUCAGUACUCUGGAGUCCAGCUUUCCACUGUCAGCUCUUUUGGCCACCAGAGUUCUCUCAGAGCCUGUCGGGACAUCUCAGAGGCCAGUGUUACCGUCAUUGACUUCACCUCUGCCCACUGGUCCUCUGCGCUUCGAGGAUACUCCACAGCUAACAAUUACUGAGCAGCAGCAGCCAGUCGUGCCUCCACCAGUCGCUGAGCCUGCACUUGAUGAGCCAGAUGCUACUCUUUAG